UGGGUAAAGUGCGCCCCGGUAUCCGCCCAUAUUCGCGUGAAGGAGGCCAACCUGAGCAGCGAGGCCCGGACGCUGGAUCAAAUGGAAAGUUCAAUCGAUUAAUUUGUCCACUUUCUUUUUUUUUUAUUUGCAUGUUCCCCGCUUGCUUCUGAAACGAGGUAGAACGACUUAAAUGCGGGCGUUUCGCUGUGAAAUAGGAAAUGCAGAGAUCGUGUGAAACGAGAGGAUUAUCAGCUUGACUUAUUUGGUCGCUACUUCGGACGCGGAACUCCACUCUCUAAAAGGUGAAUCAUGACAGAAUAUAAGCUGGUAGUGGUGGGAGCUGGAGGUGUUGGCAAGAGCGCACUUACUAUUCAGCUCAUCCAGAAUCACUUUGUGGAUGAAUAUGACCCCACCAUUGAGGAUUCCUACAGAAAGCAGGUAGUGAUCGACGGGGAGACGUGUCUGCUGGACAUCCUGGACACUGCAGGUCAGGAGGAGUACAGCGCCAUGAGGGAUCAGUACAUGAGGACAGGAGAGGGCUUCCUCUGUGUCUUUGCCAUCAACAACACCAAGUCCUUCGAGGACAUUCACCACUAUAGAGAACAGAUUAAGCGGGUGAAGGACUCUGAGGACGUCCCCAUGGUGUUGGUGGGGAACAAGUGUGACCUCCCGUCCCGGACAGUGGACACCAAGCAGGCUCAGGACUUAGCACGCAGCUACGGCAUUCCCUUUAUUGAGACCUCAGCCAAAACCAGACAGGGCGUUGAUGAUGCCUUUUACACAUUAGUGCGAGAAAUCCGGAAGCAUAAGGAGAAGAUGAGCAAGGAGGGCAAAAAGAAGAAAAAGAAGUCCAAGACAAAGUGUACACUUAUGUGAAUAAUCACCCCUUUUCAAGACAGACUAAAAAAGAAACUAUGUUGAACAGUUAAAGUAAUACAUUUUGUACAUUACACUAAAUUAUUAGCCUCUUUCUCAAUACCCACCAUACUGAAUACUAAACCUGACCCGAUUUUUCUGCCUUUCUGUUAUUUGCUACUUGGACACCAAUAAGCUUUAUUUUCAGUUUAGUGCCAGUUGCCCACAUGUGUUGGUCCAACAGCUUGUUUGAUCUUUAUAGGAUGAUGUUGAUUUGGAUAAUUUUCUAGAACUGCUGAGCUGUGAGUAAAUUUCAUCACAACUCAGGUAUGACAAAUUAUUCAGUAACAACUUGGAGUUUUGUUUUUUUUUUCUUUCCUUUGCUUGAAAGGUCUUGACCUGCAAAAAUUCUCUAAUGCCCUUUGAAAUAUGGGAUGCCAAAGAAUUAAUUUUCAUCCCAAUCACAUAGACAAAACAGACAUGAAGAAAGGACCAACAUUCAGCCAGAUGAGAUCCAAAUGUCCCAGCCACUGUGUAAUGUCCCCAUCUCUAAUGACCUCUAGGUAUGACUUAGUUAUGUCACUGAUAUAAGUAUGCAUGCAAACUCCUACUCUUCUCCGAAUGUUUUAACACCCUAAUUAGCUAUUAAUUAAUUUUGCAAUUUGUCAAUGCUUUGUAUUGUGUGGGGAGUGAUUUCUUGCCUACAUGAGACGUUUGUUUUUUCUUUUUUCUUUUUGCAUGCAUUGUGUCCUAGAUGGCAUGGGUAUUGCAAACUGCCUCUGGUUGAUACAUUUAACAGAGCUAGCAACGAGGAACUCUGACCCAAGUGGACAUCAAAUAAUCCAGUUUUUCAGGUUUAUAAAGUAAUCAAUGUGUUUUUGCUUCGUAUAUGACACAAUUUAAAGAUCCAUGAUGUUCCAGAUUUUACCGGUUUUGUGAUAUAAAAAUGUGACUAGCAGCCAGGUUCUGUGUUGGUCAGAGUCAUUUUAUGUUGCAAGGAUUCAUGCCUCGUCACAAGCUAAUGUUGAACAGCUUGUUAAAUAUUUCCUGCUAUGCUUUAUGCUAAGACUCGACUGCAGGAUUGUUUUAAUUCAUCCUGACAAGAACCAUUUCAUCGCUAUUUGUUACAAGCAAUCAAAGGCAGAAUUCACCUGUGAACGUCGACCUCAGCGAACGGCGUCAUAUUCAAACAGAAUGCGGACAUUUUCACCCGCUUAUUAUUCAAUGUUUGUUAAAUUUGAGGAUGUCUGAUGCUCCAGUAGCUGACCCCUAGAGGUGUCACGCCUUCCACUUUUUCCUAAGCUGACUCGUUUGCUUGUGACUGGCUAGAAAGCAGAAUGCAUCUUUUAAACAGCUUUCAGGAAUAUUUCUCUUGGUGUGGUGUUGGAGAUUGUUCAAAAUGUUGUUCAAAUGGAUUUUCAAAUUCUUCCCUUUUUUUGAAAGAGUUUUUGCAUUAAUUCCCCAAAGUGUUGAAAUUGUUUGGUGGGCUGCCUUUCAACAGAAAUGAUUGUCCAGCGAGAUAAUUUGUCAUUUUCUCUCACAAAGCUUGUGUAUCGUGGUGAUGUAACUGGAACUGAUGUUUGUAAAUUAGGCAAUAAUUGCCAUAAAAUUGUUUUUUAGACAAGAUUGUCUGAAUUUAUAAAAAAAAAAAGUCCUAGUUUCUUUGGUGGGUCAACCUGUAUUUCACCUUUUCCAUCAUAUUUACAAGCUGUUCCCCUGGGGAGUUUUAUUUGCCUUUUAUGUUUGCAUUAGGUGCUACAUUUAGACGGUAGAAAGAGCCGAGACAACAUUUACUUUGUCUGUGUGUGCUCAUGAAAUACACAAAAUGCUGUUUUUAGGGGAGUAAUGUUAUUGACUCAGAAAAUCCAGACAUGAUACAUUUUUCUUUCAGGAUUAAUGAAUUUUGACCCAGUUUAUUAUUACCUCGUUUUUUUUUUUUUCAUGAAGUAGAUAAUAACUGUUAAUGCAAUUUUAAUUAUGGAGCCCUCUUGUUAACAAUACUGUUUCAAAAGUAGUUUUAUGUUCCUCUUCCUUUAUUGCGUGCCAACAGCUGAUUUCUGAAAUGUAUCAUUUAUACCUUGAUCGUAUUUUAACAACCUUUGUAUAGUUGUGAUACUGAAAGGUGCAUAUUUUGUAAAUUGUGCUUCAUUUCGUUGGUGUGUCUAAAUGAAUGUUGCUUUAAUGGAGUUUCACUCCGCUCUGUGUAUGUGACUAGAGAGUGUGACUGUGUCCAGGUCUAGGGAAGUGAAUGAAUGACCACUUUACAACACGCCUGUUGUGGGGAGUGUAGAGUGGUGAUCUGAUCUCAAAUGAGUCUAUUUUUUGCCAUGAAUCUCACCACUCCUAUUUAAUGUGUAAUAAAGAACAAAGUAAAGCGGAA